AUCUUUGAGUUUCACAACUGCUGCUGCCAUCUAAUGGCACACAUGUUUGUGUAGUGUUUCAGAAAGUUAAGGAAUAACUAAAAAGCUAUCUUUGUGUAGAGACUCUGUGCGUUUACGUUCAGUUUUCUUGAUCGUCUUUUUUUGUGUGUGGUUAAUUGCUGUGAUUAAAAUGGCAUUAAAUCCUGCAUACGAAGCGAUCGGGAAGGGUUUUGUUGCCCAGUACUAUGCUCUUUUCGAUGAUCCAGCUCAGCGGCCCAAUCUGAUUAACAUGUACAACACUGAGACAUCUUUCAUGACUUUCGAAGGGCUGCAAAUACAAGGUGCUGUCAAAAUAAUGGAAAAGCUAACAAGUUUGGCAUUCCAAAAGAUAAACCGAAUUAUUACAGCUGUUGACUCUCAACCAAUGUUUGAUGGUGGUGUAUUAAUAAAUGUCUUGGGAAGAUUGCAGUGUGACGAAGACCCGCCUCACGCCUAUUCACAAGUGUUUGUGCUGAAGCCAGUGGGAAAUUCUUUUUACUGCCAACAUGAUAUAUUCCGUCUGAGCAUCCAUGACAGCGCCUGAUGGACACUGCCAAAUGUGGGACAGCAACAUGCCAAACCUGUGCCGCACUGCCGGUAUGGGGUGUGAUACAGACAUUUGUAUCUGGACAUUGACCACGUGGUUUCGAAUAAGUUACGUGUCACCUGUUACUCGGCCGUUAAAAAUUUAUGAGAAACAUUGUUAAGUUUACUUCAGCGAGUCAUGCUUUUGCAGCUUAACUGUGUCCGGAACCACAUGGUUAUCCGCUUUGUUUUCCUCAGUCUGUUAAUUUCAUUAAUGUUGAAAUUUUCUGUGUAACUCAUGUUAAUUGAUAAAGAUUGUAUGCAACACGUAAGUUUGUAAUCCGCAAGUUUUAAAUAUAAAUUGUGCUUAAUGACACUCUGAAACUUAAUUGGACCCAGCCUUUAUUUUUCACUUUUUUGUGUUCAGAAAUUAAGAGACUGUGUUACUGUAUUCAAUCCUCAAAUUAAAAAAAAGAGGAAGUGCUUUCUGUUGUGUUUUUAUAUUGUAAUUAUCAUUCUCAACCAUUUUAAUAUUUUGGGGAAGUUAUUUGUUUGUAGCUUCAGAUAUCUGCUUAGUGAUUUUUAAUAGUAUAUUCACCUUUAGUUUAAUCAUUCUUCAGUAUGUCAUUUAAAAUAUUUAAAAACAGUGGAGUAUCCUUUUGCAUAGGGCUUAUGCAUAACAUUGGAAGAUUUGUAAUUUGUAGAGACGAGAUACGCCAGACAGCUCCCAUGGCUGUGAAAGUACAUUUAGCACUUCAUUAUAUUGAGCUAUAGCACUUUGCCUCAUUUGGACUGAAUAAAUACGUACUGUGAUACUUGUAA